CAUACACACGGAUAUUCCCACACACACAUACACACUCACACUCUUACACAUACACGGAGUUACUGCAUGUUGGAACAGACGUCCGCGAGGCUUCUGUGUGUCUCGCGCCCGUUCCCCGGUUAGAGAAAAAAGCGGCUAUUUGGUUUCGCAGUCUGCGGCGAGCCUCGUCGUGACAGAGUUUGGAAGCGACUGAAGGACUGAAGAGGAGGGAAGAGGAAGUAUCUCCCUCCUCAUCUGUCUUCUCUUCAGACGCAGGCCACCCUGACAACACUCUUCAUCUUGUUCUCCCCGUAUCUUCUUCCUCUGAGUUCUCAUCUGUCCAGGUGGUGUCUCCCCGUCACAAACACACACAGCCUUUGACACAUGGCAGACAGCAGGAGACGGAAGGGGCGAGAGAAACCACGGGAGUGACGGAGAACCAGAGGCGUGCACGGAAAGAGUGGCAGCCGGCCAUCUGUGGUCAAUCCCCUGCUAUUUUGCAGCUGUGUUGGAGUCAGCGAAUGGUUGUCAGAUCCUUCAGGACUUAAAACCACAGAGUGAACCAAGGGGUUCUUCGUACGUGUCAUUGCCCACGGGAUGAGUCCAGGCUGGGGCAAUGUUAAGGCCUUGCUGGCCUGGGAUUAGGCCCCUGGGGCUGCUUCCGUGGAAGGAUGGGUGAUACCCCAGCUGGAUCUUCCGCUGUCGCCAUCUUCCAUGGCUGUCAUUAGUGGAUAAUGAGCCGCUGUUAGAGAGGAAGCCGAGAAGGUGCCUGUGGAGAGAGGAGGAACCUUACAGCUGUUACUAAGAGGCCCAGAGAUCUCAAACACUUUUUUGUUGCCUCUGCAAGCGAGUGGAACCUUUUAAAUCUUUUUUAGGUGUAGGAGAAGAACAUAGACUUUGAAAGUCUGCAUUUUGGAUUGCCUUUUAAUUGUUCAGUGUAAAGCGAAAGCCAAUGUUACAGCAUUGUAUCUGUUAGUUAAUGUAGUUUAUGUUGCCAAGAAAUAGUUCUUUCUUGCAAGAUGAUUCAGUGUUUGAUCACUAACAGCUUUUCCCUCUCGCCUGGAUGAGUUUCAGCAAAAUCAUUAAAAAAUCAUAAUCCGUUAUUUUAUUUAGUAAAGAAUUUAUUUUUCUUUUUGGUGUUGUCUGUUUUGACAGACUUGUUUUGGACAUUUGUGAUCAUGGCUGCAGCCUAUCGUGUAGUAGUAAGCAGCGUGAGCUGUUACAACAGUGUAGUUGUGGACCGGCGUGCUCACUCACAUGCUGUGCACUACUGCUCUGGACCAUGUGGGGCACUGUCCCAGGGACUGGACUGUACUGUUGCACACAGAGGCACAUGUUCUGAGCUGCAUGUUGCACCUGAAUUGCCAUACACUGAUCCCAACAGCAUAUCAUUACAUUCUCAUAAUAUUAUCACUCAGCAUCUUCCUAACCAGGGUAAAAUUACCAUGGACUCUAGCUAUGGUGGUACUGUUGCUCUAGAGAGGGCAGGCAGCAGUGGAAACCUAUCUUUAGGGGAUGACAGCUCCACAUGGCGUGGUAAAAAGGCUCCAAAUGGUGGUGGAUCAACUGGGAACCUUAUUACCUCUGGCAGUUUAAAAGACAUCACUGAAGAGGCCAUCAACUUGGCUAGUGGCAAACUCAAGGAGUUUUCCUUUGAUAAGCUCCGCCUCUCAUCCUCUAGCCAUGUGACCUUCCGGAAAGGUCGUAAGGUCCGUCCUGACUCCUUCAGUCGUCGUUCCACCGAUUUGGAGAUAAUCUACGGUCACUUCAGCUCCAAUAUCACUACGAAUGGAACUUCCAAUGGUAUGACAAAUGGCACAAUGACCCCUAAUGAUGAGAACUUGCCACCAUUUGCCCUUGGCAAAGGACUGGAGGAGACAAAAGUAAAAGGAAGCUCAAACACCUUGUCAGCCAUCACUAAAGCAAAUAGUGCCUCUACCAGCAGCCUAUCGAGCAUUGGGUCACUGGACCAAAGUCUAAACACAGUGGCCUCCCUGUACCGCAGCACCCUGGGAGAGGAAAACCUGAUCGCCCGUUUGCUGGAGAAGACACGAGGAGAGGCAGGCACUGGGGGUGCAGGGGGGGAGGACAUCCGUGCCUGCCUUGACAUCCUACUCAAAUGCUCUGAAGACCUAAAGAAAUGCACAGACAUCAUUAAGCAGUGCAUCAGACAGAAAGCUGGUGGAGGGCCAGAGGAUGGGGGAGCCAGUCCUGACAGUGUGUACCGGGCUGUGAUGACCCGUCUCAGUUCGUACUUGAAGAGGCUACCUCUGGAAUUAGAGGGAAUUAGCAGCGGGCAGGGGGGUCAGGGUGGACAUAGUGAUUUGGCCGAGUUGGUCAAUAGCCUUCACUCCAUCCAACAGGGACCUUUCUCCCCAAUUUUUGGCAAUGAGCAACCUCCACGCUAUGAGGAUGUAGUGCAAUCACCUCCCAUCCCUAAGACUGUGCCUCACUCUGUAUCUUCUACUUCCUCUUACAGUUCAUCCUCCUCUUCAUCUUCUUUGAAACCAGACUCGAGCCAUGCUAAAUCAGUCCAAAGCUCCCCGUCCAGAGUCCCUUCACUUACCAAUGGACUACAGCAUUCACACUCCUCUUCAGUCACUCAACACUCACUGUCUCUUCCAUCUGUCGCUUGUUCUCCAUCUAACUCAUCUUCAUCGCCAACACACUCUCCCUCUCCUCUUCGUACCUCCCCUACCCCACCAUACACACACACUCCUCCAGCUUCCCCUAUGGAGGCGCUCUAUAUCGAGGAGGAGGAAGCAGAUGUGGGCAAACCACCAGAACUGAUCCCUCAACAGACUCCAACCAGAGGGAUGACCACUUCCCAGAACGAAAGCGGGUCUGUGUUAAAUCAGCAUAUGCACCUUUCCCAAUCACACACACUCCAUAAUUCUUCAGCUCAUACUUUGCCAGUCAGCACUGGCCACAGCCCCACUUGGCCUUCCUCCGGCCCUCCAGCAGUCUCUUCACCUAAACCUGUCACACACAGGAAUGAUGACAUUGACAAGCUGCUAAUGGAUCUAGAAAAUCUCUCACAGAGUAUGAGCAAACCCAGAAACACUGAGCCUCCACUUCCAGCCAAGACCAGGAAGAGAGAGGGAGUUAACUCCAGUGACGUUCUUGCUCAACCCAAAAUGGCUCCAUUCCCAGUGCAGAAGCCAGCAAGCCACAUAAUGAAUGGCCCUAGCUCCAGGACUCCCCAGGCUGUCAUCUCUCCCCUGGUAGAAAAUAGCGAAGGUGUAGUGGGCGAGGAGGAGGAUGGGGCUCUGCUGCUAAGAAUCCUGGAGAGUAUUGAAAGUUUUGCUCAAGAGUUGGUCGAUUCUGGGGCGGGAAGCACAGGGAGUGCUGAAAGGAAUAGUGGGAAGGAGCGUGAGGUGAUGAGGCUCCUGCAAGAUACACUGGCCACCACUUGCAGGGCCGACUCCUCUCUGGAGAGUACAAACACUCCAGCUUCUCUGUCCAUACACACAAACGCUGCCCCAGCUAUACCACCAAAACAGUCAACAGCACAUACACCUCCAGCCUUACCUGUACCGGCUCCUUCCAUGCCUGAGAUUGUGUGCACGGAUGCCUCUGAACCUGCACCGACAUCUUUACCUGAUACUUCUCAUGAACCUAUGCCUGUACCCAUACCUGAGCCAACAACUGAGGCAACAGAUAAAACUUCAGACACCCUUGCCCCUACCCCUGAGACUGAUCCACCUGCACCUGCAAUAUUGCAUUCCUCGAUACAUUCAGCUGAACCUACACCUGUGGCCACACCUGAAGCACCAGUUCCUGUUCCUGUUUCUGUUCCGGCCACAGUAUCUGCAAGAGAUGCUGCCAUUGCUGCUGGUGACUCUGCUGCUGUGAAAGACACUGGUUCAACACUGCUCAUCCAACAGAUUCCUGAAGUAAUCAGAAUUCAGUCCAAACCAGAGAAGAAACCAGGAACACCUCCACCAGCACCUGCACCCACUCCAGCCACGCCCACUCCCACACCACGCUCCCCCAGCCCUCCUCCUGCUCCGGUCAUAGUCACCCCUCCUCCCCCCGCCAUCAACAUUCCCAGGUUCUACUACCCCCGUGGGCUUCCUGCCCUGGGCCCGGCCACCAACCACGAUGCAGCCAUCACUGCGAUCGAGGCGGCCUUCACCGAGUUCGAGGAGGAGAAAGCUGACAUUUACGAAAUGGGCAAAGUCGCCAAGGCGUGUGGGUGUCCACUUUACUGGAAGGCUCCCAUGUUCUAUGGGGCAGGUGGCGAAAGGACUGGUUUUGUCUCCGUUCACUCCUUCAUCGCAACCUGGAGGAAGUUGUUGCACAGUUGCCAUGAUGAUGCGUCGAGGUUCAUUUACUUGCUAGCGAAGCCUGGCUGUAACUACCUGGAGCAGGAGGACUUUAUUCCUCUACUACAGGACAUUGUGGAUACGCAUCCUGGGCUCACAUUUCUCAAGGAUGCACCUGAAUUCCAUUCCCGCUACAUAACAACGGUGAUCCAGCGGAUAUACUACAUCGUGAACCGUUCAUGGACAGGCCGCAUCACCAUGAUGGAGCUGCGCCGGAGCAAUUUCCUGCAGACCCUGGCACUGCUGGAGGAGGAGGAUGACAUCAACCAAAUCACAGAUUAUUUCUCCUAUGAGCACUUCUACGUCAUCUACUGCAAGUUCUGGGAACUAGACACAGACCACGACCUGUACAUCGACCCCAAAGACCUUGCUAGAUACAACGACCAUGCAUCUUCAAACAGAAUCAUUGAGAGAUUGUUUUCAGGGGCCGUUACUCGGGGUAACGCGGUGCAGAGAGAAGGAAGGAUGAGCUACGCAGAGUUUGUGUGGUUCCUUAUUUCUGAGGAGGACAAGAAAAAUCACACCAGUAUAGAGUACUGGUUCCGCUGCAUGGACGCUGAUGGAGACGGCGUCUUGUCCAUGUUUGAGCUGGAGUAUUUCUAUGAGGAACAGUGUGAGAGGAUGGAGAGGAUGGGCAUUGAACCUCUGCCGUUUCAGGAUUUGCUUUGCCAGAUGCUCGACCUGGUCAAACCUGAAAGCCCAGGUAAAAUAACCCUGGGGGAUUUGAAGCGAUGCCGUAUGGCUCACAUAUUCUUUGACACUUUCUUUAACCUGGAGAAAUAUCUGGACCAUGAACAGAGAGAUCCAUUUGCUGUGCAAAAGGACAUUGACAGUGACGGUCCAGAACCAUCAGACUGGGAUAAAUACGCCUCAGAGGAGUAUGAGAUACUGGUGGCAGAAGAGACUGCAAAUGAACAGCUGCACGAGGGGUCAUUCGACGAUGACUACGAUUCUGAGGAACUUCAAGUCCCCGGAGAAAUUGGGAAUAAAAUGGAAAAACUGGUCAUUUCAGAUUUAUCGGCAUAAGAAAGAAGAUCCUUCUGUGGAAUUCCUGGGCUGGUCUUCCUAGAAAACAGGCCGUGGUCAGAUGACCGUGAAGCUGGAUAUAUUCACUAAAAAGAAAAAAAACAACGUGAAUGGAAAUAGAGAAGUAUUGUCUGGCACCUGAUUCUGGAGUCAAAUGACAAAGUGGACUAAAUUUGUUUUUUUUGUUUUUUUUGUCGUUUUUGUGUGUGUGAGUGUGUGUGAGAGAGACUAUUCUAUGUCUGGUGCAAUAAUGCAUCUGUAGUAAUACAGAAAACAAUGUCACUGCCUCCAGAUCUUAAAGCCAGUGAUGGGGAGGAGAAGAAAUGCUUUAUAAGCUCUGAAUGGAAUCAAGAAAAAACUGUAAAAAAAAAAAAAAAAAA